UAAAUGUAUGUGGCAAUAACUAAUAAAAAGACAGUGAGUUCACAGACAACAGGUUUUUGGUUUUUCUUCUUCCGAAAUACUACUCACAAGUGAAUUAUUCAACAGAAAAUGGGUUGUGGAGACUUCCACUGUAGCAGGAAUGCACUUAUUGCACUUAACACGUUGUAUAUUCUUGUAUCCAUUAUUUUAAUAAGUGUGGCAGCAACUGCCCAGUAUGCAGCAGUCGUUACUAGCACAUCAGUGAUUGGUGGAAUUAUAGCAUGUGGUGUGUUUCUACUCAUUGUUGCUCUUAUUGGUCUUGUUGGAGCCAUAAAGCAUCACCAAGUUUUACUUUUCUUUUACAUGGUCAUCCUGGUACUACUAUUCCUCAUUCAGCUUUUUGUUUCCAUCGGCUGUCUUGUCUACGGUGAAAGCAAAAGAGAGGAGGUCAUAAAGUACGGCUGGGAACAUGAAGCGUCGUCAAAAACGAAGGCCCAAGUGCAAAAGGAAUUUGAAUGUUGCUCAUUAAAUGGUACAUACAAAGCAGGUGACCCACCAUGUGUAAAUCUUAAAUGCUGUAGUAUGAUUAGUAAUGCAACAAAUCAAAUGUGCCUUGAUGAUAACAACUGCCCAUCGUGUUUAGAAGAACUAGAUGACUUGAUGCACAAAGCCCUUCGCACCGUUGGUGGCGUAGGACUCUUCUUCAGCUUCACGGAGUUGGUCGGAGUCUGGCUAGCUAUUCGAUAUCGUAACCAGAAGGAUCCGCGGGCUAACCCCAGUGCGUUUCUCUAAGCUACGCACGUUCACGCAUCAGCUCUGUUUAAUUUUCAAAUCGUUAUUUGGAGUUUUUUGGACAUACCGAUAUCGUAACCAGAAAGACCCUCGUGCAAAUCCUAAUGCAUUCCUGUAAACAAACACUCAUCUGAAGUAUAUGAAGAUGAGAGAAUAACUCAAUCGGAGGGACCUAGUUGAAAACAGCAAUUGCCAUUUAACACAGUGGUGAAUCCUGGGGUGGAGAGUGGUGCCAGAUGCCCUAGAAGCAGACAAAAAAUCCAUUACAAAGUGUGAAAUAAUUUUAGAUAAGUGAUUUAUAUUUGCUAAAACAUAAGCCACAUGCCAUUGAAAAUAGAUUAGGGAACUCCCAAACCUUCCCCCAGAAAAAUGAUACUUGAUUGCCACUUGUUCCCCUG